UUGUCUCCUCAGUGGACGCUGCGUAGCGCGCCAUCGUCCGGCGCCGCGAACCGGAGACCGGGUACGGACCGGGGAGUCGGCAGUGUCCGCGCGGCCCGAGUGAGAGCUGGGACUGCAGAUUCAGAGAGAACAGACACAUCUUUCUUUUGAGUUAUAUAUAGUAACUCAAAAGACACAAAUCAACUGUAGAAGCAGCUUCACUGGAAGAAAAGUCAAGAAAUUGGAGGAUGGCUAUGAGUGAUGGAAAUGAUUUUGUGGUUCUGAACAACGGCAGUAUCACAACCAGUGCUACCGACCCUCAUCCCCUCACCCCCUGUGAUGGAGACCUUGCAGACCAGCAGCUCACACCCAAAGAAGCAACAAGAACAAAAGUGAGUCCAAAUGGAUGCCUGCAACUUAAUGGCACAGUUAAGUCAUCCUUUCUGCCAGUAGACAACCAAAGAACGCCUCAGAUGUUAUCCCAGUGCUGCCAUCAUUGCCCAUACCAUCAUCCUUUGGCUAGCCAUAACAGUCACCAAGAGUGCCAUCCCGAGGCUGGCCCUGCAGCACCCUCUGCUUUGGCCUCGUGUUGCAUGCAGCCACGCUCAGAGUAUUCUGCAUCUCUGUGUCCAAACCAUUCACCUGUGUAUCAGGCUACAUGCUGUCUUCAGCCCUCUCCAUCCUUCUGCCUUCAUCAUCCGUGGCCUGACCAUUUUCAGCAUCAGCCGGUGCAACAGCCUGUGCAACUCACCAGUGUCAGACCAUCCAGACCUUUCAAGUUGCCAAAAAGUUAUGCAGCCCUGAUAGCCGACUGGCCGGUGGUGGUCCUGGGCAUGUGCACCGUGUUUAUUGUGGUCUGUGCCUUGGUUGGAGUAUUAGUGCCUAAACAGCCUGACUUUUCAGAUCCACUGCUGGGUUUUGAACCAAGAGGGACUGCAAUAGGUCAGAGACUGGUCACGUGGAAUAACAUGGUGAAAAACACAGGAUACAAAGCAACAUUAGCAAAUUAUCCUUUUAAGUAUGCAGAUGAACAAGCCAAAAGCCACCGGGAUGACAGAUGGUCAGAUGACCAUUAUGAAAGAGAAAAAAGAGAAGUUGACUGGAACUUCCACAAAGACAGCUUUUUCUGUGACGUUCCAAGUGACCGGUACUCCAGGGUAGUAUUUACUUCAGCCAGAGGGGAGACAUUAUGGAAUUUACCUGCAAUCAAAUCUAUGUGCAAUAUUGAUCAUUCCAGGAUCAGAUCGCAUCCUCAGUUCGGUAACCUCUGCCAGAGGACCACAGCUGCUUCCUGCUGUCCCAGCUGGACGCUGGGAAACUACAUCGCCAUUCUGAACAACCGAUCAUCCUGUCAGAAAAUUGUCGAACGAGAUGUCUCUCACACCUUGAAACUGCUCCGGACCUGUGUCAAACACUACCAGAAUGGCACCCUGGGCCCAGAUUGCUGGGACAUGGCAGCCAGAAGGAAGGACCAACUCAAGUGCACCAAUGUACCACGCAAAUGCACUAAGUACAAUGCUGUGUACCAGAUCCUGCAUUACUUGGUGGACAAAGACUUCCUAACCCCAAAGACGACAGACUAUGCCAUACCAGCUUUAAAGUACAGCAUGCUCUUCUCCCCUACAGAGAAAGGGGAAAGAAUGAUGAACAUUUACUUGGACAACUUUGAGAACUGGAACUCUUCUGAUGGUGUGACCACCGUCACUGGGAUUGAAUUUGGUAUCAAACACAGGUUGUUUCAAGAUUACCUUCUGAUGGAUACCGUGUAUCCCGCCAUAGCCAUCGUGAUUGUCCUCUUGGUCAUGUGUGUCUACACAAAGUCCAUGUUUAUCACACUGAUGACCAUGUUCGCAAUCAUCAGCUCCUUGAUUGUUUCCUAUUUUCUCUAUCGUGUAGUAUUUAACUUCGAAUUUUUUCCUUUCAUGAACCUCACAGCACUCAUCAUUUUGGUGGGAAUUGGAGCAGACGAUGCUUUUGUGCUCUGUGAUAUUUGGAACUACACCAAGUUUGACAAGCCUCACGCUGAGACUUCAGAAACAAUAAGCAUCACCCUACAACACGCUGCCCUCUCCAUGUUCGUCACCAGUUUUACCACUGCCGCUGCCUUCUACGCUAACUACGUUAGUAACAUCACAGCCAUCAGAUGCUUUGGGGUUUAUGCGGGGACAGCUAUCUUGGUGAAUUACAUUCUGAUGGUCACAUGGCUCCCAGCAGUUGUCGUCCUACACGAACGCUAUCUCCUCAAUAUAUUCAGUUGCUUCAAAAAGCCCCAGCAGCAAGUGUAUGACACCAAAAGCUGCUGGACAGUGGCUUGCCAGAAGUGCCACAAAAUAUUCUUUGCUGUUUCAGAAGCAUCUCGAAUUUUUUUUGAAAAAGUUUUGCCAUGCAUCGUCAUUAAGUUCCGCUACCUUUGGCUGUUCUGGUUCCUUGCCUUAACCAUUGGCGGAGCCUAUAUCGUGUGUAUCAAUCCAAAGAUGAAACUGCCCUCACUGGAGUUAUCUGAGUUCCAAGUGUUCAGGUCUUCCCAUCCAUUUGAACGUUAUGAUGCCGAAUACAAAAAGCUCUUCAUGUUUGAACGUGUUCACCAUGGGGAGGAACUCCACAUGCCCAUUACAGUCAUCUGGGGGGUGACCCCAGAAGACAAUGGUAACCCACUGAACCCCAAGAGCAAAGGGAAGCUGACACUAGAUAACAGUUUCAACAUUGCUAGUCCAGCCUCUCAGGCCUGGAUUUUGCACUUCUGCCAGAAACUAAGAAACCAAACCUUCUUUCACCAGACUGAUGAGCAGGACUUCACCAGCUGCUUCAUUGAAACAUUCAAGCAGUGGAUGGAAAACCAGGACUGUGAUGAGCCUGCCCUGUACCCCUGCUGCAGCCACUGGAGCUUCCCCUACAAGCAAGAGAUUUUUGAACUGUGCAUCAAGAGAGCCAUCAUGGAGCUGGAAAGGAGUACAGGAUACCAUCUGGAUAGCAAAACCCCGGGGCCAAGGUUUGAUAUCAACGACACAAUCAGGGCGGUUGUGCUGGAGUUCCAGAGUACCUACCUGUUCACACUGGCUUAUGAAAAAAUGCACCAGUUUUAUAAAGAGGUGGAUGCAUGGAUUUCUAGUGAACUGAGGUCUGCACCUGAGGGUCUGAGCAAUGGGUGGUUCGUCAGCAAUCUGGAGUUCUAUGACCUCCAGGACAGCCUUUCUGAUGGCACGCUCAUUGCCAUGGGCCUCUCGGUUGCUGUUGCUUUUAGCGUGAUGCUGCUGACAACGUGGAACAUCAUCAUAAGCCUUUACGCCAUCAUCUCAAUAGCCGGAACUAUAUUCGUCACCGUGGGCUCCCUUGUCCUCCUGGGCUGGGAGCUCAAUGUGUUAGAAUCAGUCACCAUUUCUGUUGCGGUGGGCUUGUCUGUGGAUUUCGCCAUCCAUUAUGGGGUUGCGUACCGCCUAGCUCCAGAUCCUGACCGAGAAGGCAAGGUGAUCUUCUCUCUGAGUCGCAUGGGCUCUGCAAUUGCCAUGGCUGCUCUGACUACCUUUGUGGCUGGGGCCAUGAUGAUGCCCUCCACAGUUCUAGCUUAUACCCAGCUUGGCACCUUCAUGAUGCUCAUCAUGUGUAUCAGCUGGGCUUUUGCUACCUUCUUUUUCCAGUGCAUGUGUCGGUGCCUUGGACCACAGGGUACCUGUGGUCAGAUUCCUUUACCUAAAAAACUAAAGUGCAGUGCCUUUUCCUACACCUCAUCUGCAAGUCCUGGUGACAAGAGACAAAGCAAAACACAUACCAUGAAUGCUUACCAUUUAGAUCCCAGGAGCCAGAAAUCGGAGCUGGAGCAUGAGUUUUAUGAAUUAGAACCUCUGGCAUCCCACAGCUGUCCUGCCUCUGAGAAGAACACUUAUGAAGAGACUCACAUCUGCUCAGAGUUUUUCAACAACCAAGCCAAGAAUUUAGGGAUGCCUGGACAUGCAGCUUACAGCCAUGAACUCAACAAAAGCGCCAAAAAUGAAACUGGCUCUGCCCUGAUACAACCCUCUCUUGAACAGCAUACCAUGUGUCACUUGUUCUCUCUGAAUCAGAGAUGUAGCUGCCCAAAUGCCUACAGAUCUUUGCAGUAUGGCCCACACUCCUGCCAGCAGGUAGAUGACAGCUUGUGCCAUCAGUGUGCUCCUGCCGCCUGCGGCUUUGUCCAGACGCAGAAUGGUGUGGCACAUCUGAAGACUGCAGCCCAAACCAUCCCACACAUCCACCACUGCCCCUGCCUGCAGACUAGAGGGAGUGCACCCAGAAUGCAGAAUUCUCUGCCCAGGAAUGAUUUCCUCCACCCAAUACAGCAUUUGCAGGCCCAGGAAGAGGCCAAGAAGACCAAUGUCCCCAGUCUGCAGAGCAUAGGAGAGCAUCUGCCAAGGACACCAGUGCCAUCCUCAUUGGCCUGCACAAGCACUGGAUCUUCACUGAAAGGCUGCUGUGAUCCUGAGAGUAAGCAAGAGGGACUUUGUCAGAAUCCAGACCUGGGGAGUACAGAGGCCAGUGCAGGGACUGAGAACAAGGUUCUGGGGAAUCAGAGCAACAAGGCAGGAGGGAAAGUGGAGCUGAGCUUGUCACAGACUGAUGUGAUCGCAAACUCUGAACAUUGCAAUCAGAAUGAACCAAAAUUUCUAUUUAACCAUUUCUUGGGGGAGACUGGAUGUAGAUCCUGUCCCAACAAUCCACAAGGUUGUAGCAGAAUUGUGAGAGUGAAGUGCAGUUCUGUGGACUGUCAGAUGCCAAACAUUGAAGCCAAUGUGCCUGCUGUAUUCACACACUCAGAACUUUCCAAUGAAAGCUUGUUAAUCAAAACACUAUAAUAAACAUAGCAUUCAUUCA